CUCGGCUUCAAAAAAUAGUGGAUGAAGAAGGAGAAAAGGUAUCGGAGGAAUUGGAUCAAAUUGCUCAAAAAGUAGCCAAUGAGGUUGCGAAAAAUAAAAUCGAUAUUUCUUCUUUUAAUCCAAAUUUUCAAGAACUAAUUAGAAUUCAAAGUGGAAAAGCAAACGGAAUAAAAUAUUAUCCGAUGUUUUUACGAUGGGCUAUUUCCGUUUAUAGUCAGGCAGGUCAUUCUGCUUAUGAAACAAUGAAAAAAUGGCAAAAUAAAACCGCUUAUCAUAUUUUAAAAAAAAUGGCAAUAGAAAAUAUUAAUAAUGAUGGACGAAUUGGAUUCUUUUCUCAUGAUUCCUUUAAAAUACAAAAGG